CGAACCUCUACGCGCGCGCUGACCGAAUUUUGGCUGGACGACGACCACGCGUCGCCGUUCUCAGGAUCGCAAUAAUGUUUGCGACUCCGAGGGAUACAACAACUGCUACGCCGUCGAUCGAUUCAACAGCAGCCCCGAAGAGGACCGCCGACAUCAUUGACCUGACUCUCGACGACGACGACGAUGGCGACGACAAGACUCCCCCAGCCUCCAGCUCACGGCUUCCAGAGACCAAACCGCCUCGAAAGAGGUUUCGAAUAGACUAUGGCCCCAAGUGUCCUGUCGACCCGAAUGGUGGUGACCCAGAGAUGUACACCGAGUACCUGAAUAAGCAGGUCAGGCCAUUCAUCACUCAGGCGCUGCUCGAACUUCCGACGGAAAAGUUCAAGGUCGCAGAGAUCGCUCGAACGGUGAUCAAGGAAGUGUACCGUGUCGCUAUAGAAGACGAAAUAAUCGACAUCAACGAUGGCCGUCUGACCCAAAGUGCAGUCAACGAGCUAGUCUUCAUCGCGCGUUUUUGUAUUAAAGACUAUUGCGACAAUCACGAGAAAUUCAGGAAACAGCCGAACCCUCCUACUCCUACUAGUCCUCCUCCUCCGCCUCCGCCUGCCUAUACACCCGCGCCGCGCGGUCGGAAUUUCAAGUUCAAUCCUGCUAUCUUUAGUGGUAUUCCGGUGCCCCUCCACCCGGACGGAUAUCGCGGGUCAAGGCUUGCUGCCCAAGGUCCUUCGACGGCCCCAGCGAGACCGGGGCCGCGGCCGGCGAAGAAACAGGCUAAACCGAAGCCUCCACCGAAGCCUCGACGAGAGCCUCAGCCGGUGCCCGAACAAGGGCUUCAGCUAGUACCCGAGCAAGAACCCGACUCAGAGCCUCAAGCUCCAGCCAUAGAACCCCCGACCGUCGCCGUUUCGUCAACGAACUACAGAACGAGGGCGCAAGCCAGGUCCUUCAAGUCAUGGAAGGCACACGACUCACAAGCCAAAGCGGCGGCUACUCCAGGCCACAAGGCCAAAGUAGCCUGGAUGACGAUGGCGCGGCGGCCGUACACCACAACGGAAGAGCGUCAGACAAUUCUUCGCGGCACAUCCAAGCUUGUCCGAAACGUACCAGCGGCGGCAGCGCUGGGCUCACUGCCCUUCCACGUCGACUUUACGCCAGACGAGAUGGACGACGUACGGAGAAUAGUGCGGGCCAUGUGCGAUAAGAAGGUCAAGCGUAAGCGGAGAAACGAUACGGACAGAGAGCUGGGCAAGAUGCUGAGGAAGCGGCCCGACUUGCUCACGGCUAUACCGCCCAUGAUUGAGCUCAAGGGAACGCUUGCGCAGCGAGACCGCGUUGCGAUUCGGAACUUUCUCGACGAGUUGGCGAAUCGGCAUAAAAACCCGGCCCGGCAUCCAAAGGUGCUGACGUUGGAGGUGGACGAGUCCGACAAGCAGGGCGAGGCACAGCGUACCAGUCAGAUCUCUGCGCUCCUGUUGGCGCGAGAAAUCGAUGGCAACAGAGGGUUUGGCCGGAUGCGUCGCCACGUCAACUUCACCAAUGAGUUUAGGAAGGCUCAUGAAGAUGAUAUGGAGAUGCGGGCAGAGUGGGUGGGCUGCGCUGGUGACAUUAUGACGAUUGUGUGGACCUCAGAUACCAACUUCAUCUGCGGUGCCACGGCUCAUUCCGAUUCGCACAACCAGCAAUACAACAAGGCUGGCAACCUUUUGCUUUGCUCUACGACAUUGGGCCAGCUUCAGGCGUAUCCGGACCACCGAAUCCCUCGACCAAUUGUCGAGAAGGGCGAGAACUCCACAGAGGCUAUGAGAGAAAGUCAGAGCCCGUGGCUCUACUCAUCCGUCGUGUCUUCUGACUACGAUCGCACCAACAACCGUGCCUACACGUCAAGUUUCGACAAGACUGUCAAGGUGUGGAAGUUCGACGACAGAGGAGCAAACAUGGAGGCUUUGGGCACCUGGGCACACGCGGGCAACGUCAACUUCGUGGCUGUCUCUAAGCAUGAAUCCGGCAUGGUGGCGACUGCCGCUGAUGUGUCCACCCAGGCUGUCCGAGUCUACCGCGUUAACAACGACAACGUAUCUCAGAGCCCUUAUCACAUAUUCACAGGCUCCAGAGCGUGGGAUGAAGGGAACGAGGAGACGACAGCGACCCAGAAAUGGGCUUACUUCCCAGCAACGAUGCAAUGGGGCUUAGCUGAAGGCGUGCAACACUUGCUCCUCGUUGGCUACUCUCCCCGCAGUCUCACUGGGGACGAUAACGACAUUCCUGAUGAGAAGCUAAGCACCGGCGAGAUCUGUCUUUGGAACUGCCUCACGGGCGAAAAGAUCAAGGUCUUGACGGCAUCUACACAAAACGUCUUUGAGGUGGUUUGGCAUCCCACCCUACCGAGCUUCAUCGUGGCGACAUCGCCUGCCGGGUUGAUGGUCGACGACCAGACUCUGACGCAGAUUCGGGUCUUCCGCCCUAGCUUGAUACCUGAAGGCGAUACUGCCUUUGGUGAGAUGCAGUGCCUGGACUGCCCGGCCAAGGAUAUCAACGAGCUCACGAUCAAGCCCAAUAGCGUCCUCUGCUCAUACGUGACUGCGGCUUGCACCGAUGGAAAGGUCUACGUCUGGGAUACCUCGCGAGGUGACAAGCCUAUCCACGCUCUCCGGCAUAAGAAGCCGAUUGACGAACUCUUGGGAAAUCGAGACGAAGUGGACGUGGGGGUCAAGUUCACGGCGUGGGGCACCACUGCGGACCGCUUCUAUACAGGCGGAUCAGACGGAGUAGUCAAGGUGUGGAACGUACGCAACUUGCCGCAGCCCCUAGUCCGGGACCUCUUGGAAGCUCCUGGAGCCAUAGCGUGCGGAGCCUUUUCUCCAUGCUACUCGAGGCUUGCUAUCGGAGACGCUAGUGGCCGGGUGAUGCUCCUCUCGCUGAACAAGGAGGACGAGCCCCCAGCCAAGUUCGUCCUACCCCCGAUGCCGCCGGGUAUGCGACCUCGUCGUCCCGUGCGCCGUCCGAUUCCCGUCAUCGAGCACGCCGAUCCUCCGGCACCGCACAAUCAGAAUCAGGAGCAAAACCAAGAACCCAAGACGGGCGUGGAAAGAGGACGAAGCAUGCUCUCUUCUGGCCAGCUCAUCCGUCACCCAGACGCCACCGUCGGCGUCAUCCAGGGGCCGGCAUAUUCCACGCUCGGCCUGCACUGUCCCAAAUCGCACUUUGAGGGCGACGCAUCCCAGCCCUUACUAGCCAAAGUCGAAGAGAUUCAACAGGAGAACCAAAAGAUGUUCCGCCGCAGGUCGCUAAGGCUCGCCCGUCUCCGGCCGCUGACCGACGUGGGCUCCGUGGCGCUCGAGCGUCGGCAUGCGGGGAACGUGGCGAGGGACUUGGAUCUGCAGGGGCUUGACGAGAUAACGAAGCUUGAUUUGCUCAUGGAUCAGGUGAAUAUCGACGAUCCUAUUUAUGAUGAGGGCUGGGAUUACGAAUACGAGGAAGGGGACCUCGAAAAGAGCAUUUGGGCUACGCUUUCGGAAGAAGCGGAAACACUUUAAAGAAGGGCUGAUAUUGCAUUUCCUCGAUAUAAGCUUGGUUAGCUUAUGGCCUCUAUAAGCUGAAAGGGCUGAUAUUGCCCUUAUCGGAUACAAGCUUGUUUAGCUUAUGGUCUUUAUGAGUUUAGAAGGCCGAUGUUGCCUUUAUCAGACACGAGCUCACCUAGCUGAUGGCUUUUAUAAGCUGAGAGGAUGUAAAUAAUUCUGUUAGAUGAAUACCAAGACUUACGACAUUAAA